AUGACUGGGUCUUGGCAGUGGGUCCUCCUGCUCCUGUUCCUGCUACAGUCCGCUCCAGGGAGGUCCUUCCUAACCCCUCCUCAGAACGUGACGCUGUUCUCCAGGAACUUUAGUGUGUACCUGACGUGGCUCCCAGGACCUGGCAACCCCCAGAACGUGACAUAUUUUGUGGCUUAUAAAAGCAUUCUGACCCCCAAACGUUGGCGGAAAGUGAAAAGAUGUGCAGGAACCAAGGAGCUGAUGUGUUCCCUGAUGUGUCUGGAAAAACAAGACUUGUACAGCAAGUUCAAGGGCCGUGUGCAGGCAGUGUCUCCCAAUGCCAAGUCUCCCUGGAUGGAGUCCAAGGACCUGGAGUACCUUUCUGAAAUGGAGCCGGCUCCGCCCACCCUUACCUUCGCCCGCAUAAAGGAGAUUCUCAGCAUCAAUGCCACAUACCAGCUGCCCCCGUGCAUGCCCUCAGUAGAUCUAGAGUAUGAGGUGCAAUUCUGGAAGGAGGGGACCGGGAACAAGACCCGAUUUCCAGCCAUGUCCCACAACCAGCCAGUCCAGAUCCUCAUCCAACCAGCUACAAGAGGGUACCACUGCCUCAGCGCCAGAACGGUCUAUUACUUCAUUACCCGCAAAUACAGCGAGUUCUCCAAGCCUAUCUGCUUCCCCCUGGAGGCCCCAGGAAUCAGCUGGCCAUUCCUGGUACUGUUGCUACUACUGCUGCCAUUGCUGUUGGUCACUGCCAUAGGGGGUCCAAUCUGGAGGAGCUUCAGGGGGAACCCCUGGUUUCAGCAGGGAAAGAUGCCACAGGCCCUGGACUUUUCUGGAUACACACACCCCACGACAACCUUACAGCCCAGUAUCCCCGAGUCCCCAGAGAGCUUGAUCCUCUGUCCCCAGAAGGAACUCAUCAGAAGGGUCCGACCAACUGCUGGAGUCAAGACUCAAGCCACCGUGCAGGCAGGCUCUGAUACUGAGGAGGAAGACACCGAGGAGGUCAGCUCUCAGCCCUACAUUAAGUCAGCCUCCUUCCUGGGCCAGAGACACCAGAAUCCACAGUGCCCUAAGGCCGAUGGAGUGGACCUAGGGGCUCCCCAGACUCUGGUCCAGGUCAGAGGCUCAUCUGCUUGGGAUUCUUCAGACAGAAGCUGGCCUAGCACUGUGGAUUCGGCCUUCUGGGAUGGGGCUGAGACCGCCUGCUAUUUGGUCAAGAAGGACCCAGGGAAGCAGGUGGCUGAGGAUGGUCACUGGGAGCCUCUCCCACGACCUCAGUUCUCCAAGGACUCUGCUUCCUUGGCAGAGCCAUCCAAAAACGACCUCUCCUCUUGGACUACUUGGGGCUCCACACCAGCAGAACCGAAUCUGAUCCUCAGGGAGCCUCUGGUUUCUCUUGGGACACUGACCUUCUGUUGGGACAGCAGCCCAGAAGAGGAGGAAGAGGAAAGUGGGGAGGAAUGGGACACUGAGGACAGUGGUGCUGGCAGCUGCAGGGCUGAGAGCUCCCAGAGGAUUGAGGGCAGGGGUGAGCUACUCGGACAUUACAUGGCCAGGUGA